UCACCGCAAAAAGUAAGGGAAUUUUUCUUGAUAAUUUCGCAUCAAACACGCGCGUGCAGGCGGAAUUGUGAUCUUUUCAUCGUGCCUUUCAUGCCGAGAACGGCUGGACAGAGUUUGGGGAUAAUCUUAGCAUCAACCAUCCGCCAACAGGCCGGGUGGAGCUAGCCGCCCGUAUCCGAUUCGUCCUCGUGCAAAAAUGAGUCUUCGAGCGAAGUUGGUCCAGUCGAUAAUCGAGGCGGCGAAAGCGGGAAAAUCCUCGUCGUCGGAUGGAGAGGCACCGGCGAAGGUGGCCGCUCCGACCAGCAGCGGAACGAGUGGAUAUGGAACGCAGGAAACAACCGAUCAGGCUAGCAGUAGCGCAGCCGAGCUGCCGAGCCGGACGCGCGGACGCGCAAAGCUGGUUUCGAGCCUCCUCGGACCAUCUCAUCAUCCGCCAGCGGUGGUGGAUGUGGAUAGCGUCCCCGUGCAGAAACCCGCCAUCGGCAGCCGUGGACGACUGGUGCAGGCGGUGCUCUCGACGUUGUCUGAAAAGAGCUCCGCCUCGGUUGUCUCGGUGAGCGCCCCGGGAGAAUCAACCAAAGCGUCAGCAACAGGAGCAGCGGUAGUGGAAGAAGCGGCUGCUGUAGCCGAGCCAAGCUCAUCCAAGCCAGCCAUGGAACCGGUCGUACGUACCGGAUCAAGCGGUUCGAAAGUGUCGCUGAUGGUCAACUACAUGGAGCUAAAGUGUGCGCCGGGCCGGGGCGUUUUCCUCUACACCGUGGACUUCCAGCCGAACGUUGAUUCACGGCCGGCACGGAGCCGCUGCCUCGAGCAGAACGCGAGCAUCCUCGGUUCGACCUUUACGUUCACCGGUGAUUUGAUGAUGCUGCCAGUGAAGCUGCCGGACAAUGUGACCACGUGCAAGGCCAAGAAUCCAAACAAUGACGAACCGGUCACGAUGACGAUUAAGUUCCGCGGGGCGCAGAAGAUGAGCGAGAACGUCAACUUCUACAACACGCUGUUCCGGCGCAUCAUGCACUUUCUGCAGCUGACCGAGAUGGGCCGGAAGUGUUUCGAUCCGUCACAGAUGCGCGUCAUACCGCAGCAGCGGCUCGAGGUGUGGCCGGGGUAUGUGACGGCAAUCAACGAGUACGAGGGUGGCCUGAUGCUGAACCUCGACGUGACGCACCGGGUGCUGAUGCAGACGACCGUGUACGAGCUGAUGCAGACGAUCGCGAUGGCCGACAAGAAACAGUUCCGGGACAACGUGAAGAAGACGCUGCUCGGUAUGGUUGUGCUGACGCGCUACAAUAACAAAACGUACCGCAUCGAUGACAUCCUGUUCGAUGAGAACCCACAGUCCACGUUCGAUUACCGUGGCGAUAAGAUCUCGUACGCCGACUACUACCAGCGGCAGCAUGGCAUCAAGAUCCAGGAUCUGCAGCAGCCGCUGCUGUUGAAUCGUACCGAGCGCAUGGUGACCGGCAGUGCCAAGCCUCUCGAAAUGCUCUUCUGUCUGGUACCGGAAAUUUGCUUCCUCACCGGAUUGACCGAUGAAAUGCGGAGCGAUUUUAUGGUGAUGCGUGAUAUUGCGACGUACACUCGCGUAACGCCGAACCAACGGUUGGCGGCCAUGCAGCGAUACUGUGAGCGGGUGAUCUCGAACGAGAAGGCAAGCAAGCUGCUGUCGGACUGGGGCCUCGAGCUAGUGACCAAGCCAAAGAUACUGGUCGGUCGAACGCUGGACCAGGAAAAGAUUCAGUUUGCCAACGGAACGGUGAAUGCUGGCCCGAAUGCAGACUUUAACCGCAACGUGACCGACUAUCAGAUGCUGGAGGUUGUGAACAUUCGCCAGUGGGUACUGGUGCACACGUCACGCGAUGGCCGUUGUGCCAAAACGUUCCUCGACUAUGUCCAUCGGUGCAGCCGGGCCCUUGGUAUCGAUAUUGCGCAACCGAAAACCAUCGUCCUGCCCAGCGAUGACCUGAAGGAGUACUCGAACCUGCUGCGUACGCGCAUCCCCAACGGGACGCAGAUCGUGGUGCUGAUCUGUCCGACCUCGCGUGACGAUCGUUACGCAAUGAUCAAACGCAUUUGCUGCUCGGAGGUACCGGUUCCGACGCAAGUCAUCAACUCGCGCACGUUGAUGAACGAGAAAAAGAACCGCACGAUCGUGCAGAAGAUCAUCAUGCAGAUGAACUGCAAGCUCGGCGGUACACUGUGGGGCGUCGAUAUACCGAUGGCGAACACGAUGAUCUGCGGUAUUGACGCGUAUCAUCAUGCGCGCGGUGCAGACAAAUCGGUGACCGCGUUCAUCGCUUCGCUCGAUGCGGUCUUUACGCACUGGUUCUCACAUGCGACACUACAGGGCGCCCGGGAGGAGAUGGGCAAUGGGUUGGCGUUAUCGCUGGAACGCUCACUGGUCGCGUACCAGCGCCGCAACUGCCAGCUGCCCGAUCGUAUUGUCAUCUUCCGCGACGGUGUCGGUGAUUCGCAGCUGCAGAUGUGCGAACAGUACGAGCUGAUGCAGCUAGCGGCGGCCUGCAAGCUAGUGGAACCGUCGUACAGCCCCAAGAUCACGUUCAUCGUCGUGCAGAAGCGCAUCCUGACGCGCCUGUUUGCCGUGGAUCGCACUACGAACGAUGUGAGCAACCCACUGCCCGGUACGGUCAUGGAUCACAGUGUGACCCGGCGCUUCCUGUUCGAUUACUUCCUCGUGUCGCAGAACGUACGCCAGGGUACGGUGACACCGUCGCAUUACAUUGUGCUGCGUGACGAUUGUAAAUUCCGGCCCGAUAUUCUGCAGCGAUUGAGCUACAAGCUGUGCUACAUGUAUUACAAUUGGCCCGGUACCGUCCGUGUACCGGCCUGCUGUCAGUAUGCACACAAGUUGGCCUAUCUGAUCGGACAGUCGGUGAAGCGUAUGCCAGACGAAAGCCUUAACGAUAAGCUGUAUUACCUGUAAGCGCAGCGCAGCGCAGCAGAUGCUGUACAGCUUCAGGAAUUAGGAGUCUCAAAUAGGUGGCGGAUCAUUCAUGAAAACAAUUCGCAACCAAAGCAAUAUCUCUCCAUUGAUUAGUGUUACUUAACACUUUUAGCUUCAUUUCUUAAUUUCUUUCGUAUUAUUAUCAUUGAAUCGCACCCCAUGGAGUGGCGAUUAUUGUAUGCCACAGUGGUAAUACUGAGAGCAUACCGUUUAAAAAUCAUCCAUUUCCUAUCGAUUAAGACGAACGAAUAUGCUCCGCCUGAUUGAUCUGAACACCGGUUCCUGGUACGUUGCCUUGUAUUAUUAAGCCUAGAGCUCCCGGCAGUGCAAAAAAGAUUUAGGUAAUUUAAGAAAGGGUAGGAAUUUUAUAAUAAAAACAUAAUA